UAUAAAAUUAUGCUCUAUAUAGAGCAAGUUUCUAACCGAACAGAAGGAAUUAGCAACGGCGCAUUUGCCCGUCAGUGUUGAGCGUCUGCGUCUAUCGAACGUUGUUAUUCUCUGCACAAACGGCAAAUGUCAAACGUUUUGACAACAUUUCUCCAUAGGAACUUGAUAUAAUAAAAAAAAAAAAAACAUACACAUUAAUUGAAAUUAAAAUAAUCGGAUUUUUUUUUCAUCGAGAUGGAGGAACAAACACAAUGGAAAGCUGCUCCUUCUCCGACCAAUGAUGCCAGUAAAAAUCAAACGCCACCCACGUUACUUUCGAGUUUGAGAAGUGUUUUAUUUGUCAUUGGAACUGUGGUCGUUGCAAUUGCCGCUGUUUGUAAUUCUCUCACCUGGCAUCUACAGAGGUUUUGGGGCGCCUCAGGUGAUUUUUGGCAAGCGCAAUGGGACAAAAUUUUAGAUAAAGUGGGAGACGAUCCCGUCACGUUGUGGGUGUACGGAUCCAUAGGUUUAACAUUUAUUGUUUAUUGGGUAUUUGGUGGAAUUUAUACAAUUCUCGAUAUAACGAAUAAACCGGCGGCAUUACGUCGAUAUAAAAUUCAACCGGGCACAAAUGAACCAGUCGAUUCAAAGGAAUUGUGCAAAGUAAUAGCACAAGUGCUAUUUAAUCAACUAAUCGUGAGUUUGCCAUUAUCGUAUGUCAGUUAUCACUUGAUGGAAUGGCGUGGCUAUCCUUCAGUUCGUGAACUUCCAACAUUUCAUUGGGUUUUAGCUGAACUCGCUAUUCACAUUCUUUUCGAGGAAAUCGGAUUUUAUUAUUCUCACAGAUUAUUGCACAGUCGUUAUCUUUAUAAAUAUAUUCACAAACAACAUCAUCAAUGGACCGCGCCAGUUGCUGUGACUGCAAUUUACUGCCAUCCACUUGAGCAUAUUGGCUCAAAUUUAAUUCCACCAUUUUUGGGUGUUCUCAUAUGUGGUUCUCAUGUUGCCACAGCAUGGCUAUGGUUUUCACUCGCGAUUUUAUCAACGCUCAACGCUCAUUCAGGAUAUCAUUUGCCAUUUUUUCCCUCGCCCGAGGCACACGACUUUCAUCACUUGAAAUUCAAUCAAUGCUUUGGAGUAUUGGGAGUUUUGGAUCGUCUUCACGGAACAGACACGCAAUUUAGAAAUUCGCGAGCUUGUGCGCGACACAUCACAAUGCUUAGUUUUGUUCCACCGCGAGAAGCAUUUCCCGAUGAAGUGAAAUACAAGUCAAAAUAAAAAAAAGAAAAAGAAAAACUCUUCUGAAAUUUGAAUUUUUUGAAAAAUUGCACAAGAAAAAAUUUGAUUCGCAUAAAAUUCCCCCGAAUUAAAAAAAAGGGCGAUAAAAAUUUCAACCAUAUUUUUUUGAAAAUAUGAACUAAAUAAAAAAUUUCUUUUUUUUUUUCUCAUGAACAAAAAUAUUUCAUCAAAUCGUAUUCAUGAAGAAAAAAAAAAAACACCUUGGGGGAAAAAUUACAAAACAUUUUCUUUUUGCGAAUUAAAGAAAUAUUAAUUUAGAUAAUUACAAUUAUUGAUUUUUAAGAAUUAUGAAUAUAUUUAGACGUACAAAUUAAAAAUAAUCGCGCACUUUAGGUGCAAAGUAAAAAAAUAAUUUAAAAAAAAAAAAAUGGUGCAAAACUGAAAACAAAAAAAAAAAAAUUAUAUAUAGUAUAUUAUGCAAGAUCUUUAUACGUACUUUGCACGACUGUGGAGCACAUGUGAUACGUUAUGAAUUUUUGCAAAAUGCGUCGUUUUUUCGUUUCUUUAAUGAAUCUAUAAGCUUACGCAUUUUUGUUUAUUAUUUUAUUUUUUUAUAAUUGCACAAAUCAUCUUUUGUAAAAUAAAAGAUGGGAGAAAAAAGUAUAUUUUUCACGACUUUUCAAGUUUGAUGCAGAAUAUAUAAAAAAAAAAAUUUUUUUAAUUAUAGAAAAAAUGUUUAAAACAUUUUAUGAUUAUUUUUAAUUUUUAAGGAAAAAGGGUUUUAAAAAUAAUUUUUAAUUAAUAAAAAUGUUGUUUUUUUUUCACAAAAACAUAAAAUAUUUAUUUAUUUUGUUAAAAAAUAUUUUUAAAAUUUAAUUAAUAGAAAAAAUUUUGAAACAAAUAUUAAUUAAUAGAAAAUAUUUGUUAAAAUAUUAAUUAAUAAAAAGUAUUAAAUAGAAAAUUUUAAUUUAAAAAAAAUAAUUCAGAAAAAAAUAGUUUAUUUUUAUAAUUUUAUAUUUUUUUCUACGCAAAUAAAUUUGUAAUUACAGUUUGUUUUUGAAAUAGCAAAUAAUUUUUUUUUUUUUGGAAGAUACCAAAAUUAUUUCUCCAAUUAUGUAAAAUAGUUUUUCUUUCUUUUUUUAUAAAACUUUUUUCAGUGUAAGAAAAUUAUUUCUAAUUUCUAAAUUUCUUUUUUUUUGUAUAAAAAAUUCCGAAAAGUGAAUUAAAAGAGAAAAUUCUGUCUCAGACUUGAGAAAUUCGAAAAAACGAGCGCGCACAGUUUUAUUAAUUCGAAAAACGAUUUUUUUUCAAUUCUAAUAUAUAUAUAUAUAUAUUGUAUAUUAACCAAUCAACGACUGUUUUUUCGAAAAUUUAUUUUGUUAAUUAUAACCUCCUUCUGCCUGUCUCGAGAGAAUAGAAGAACAAAAAAAAAAGAGAAUGACAGACAAAAGAGAGAGAUGGAUUAAAAAGAAAAAAAAAUAAACGUUCUCACAACUAUUUUUGUAUUAAAAAAAAAACCUUUGUUACACACAGCAAAGAAAGAGAAAAAAAAAAUAAAAAUAAAACAAUAUUGCCUCUAUACGUGUAGAUUUUAGUCUGUGUAAAAGAAAGAAAAAAAAACAAAACGUAAUCUUUCACUUAGUGAAGAGAAAAAAAAAACAAAAAUUAGAAAAAAAAUCGAGAAAACAAUUUCAAAAAAAAAUAAAUAAAUACCUAAAUCAUUUUCGGGAUUAUUUUCUACAUUUUUCGAUAAUAGAAGAAAGAAAAAGAGAAAAAUUAUUCUUACACAUAUAUACUGAAAAGAUAUUGCAAAUAACGAAACAAAAAAAAUGGAAUUUCUAUUUUAAUUCAAAGUUAAUAAUUGAAGAAUUUUUUUUCUUCUCCAAAAAAAAAAAAAAAAAAGGAAAUGAAAAUUUAUCCUUCUUUUAAAAGAGGAUUCUAAUAUUUCACGACGUUCGUGAUUUAUAACUUUAAUCGACGGGCGAAACUACGUUUAUGUAUAUUAUGCGAUAAGCUUAUUAAUAAAAUCGUAAAAAAAAAUA